UGGGUAAUAAGCGAACAAUCUAUAAUAAAGAUCCGUGUCACCUCUAAUAUCCUUUGCAAUAACUUUGAAAUACAGAUAAUGUAAUAUGAUAGAUUAAAAUGGAUUUCAAAUUUCCAUGAAACUGGCCCGAUUUUGUCGAUCACUGCGACCGGACCUUGCAAUUUCAGCGAAUCGAGUCAAGUCUAUAACCGGACAAAGCCUUAUUGUCAGAGCCUUAGUCAACCCUUUCAUCUCAACAUCCGAUACACCGAUUUGAUGGGCUGCUGUGAAUCUCGUCCAACUCAUAAUGGUUCAGGAGGAACCCGUACUGGAGGAAAACCAUAUCGACGUUCAAGGCUUAAAUGGAAAUCCGAUACAUCCAUGACUCGGAGUGAAUUGGAAAGUCAACGCGAGACAUUUUGGGCAACCGCACCGACUUACGAGGGUCGACCGGAAAUUUGGCAAGCAUUGCAUGCUGUUGUGACCUCGGACGAUGUACAACUGGCUCGCUCCAUUCUCGAGGCCGCCAAUAUCACCUUGCCCACUGGUGAUUUGUCCGAUGGUUGCUUUGACGAACUGGGCAAUCGCUAUGAAAUACCUGUUUACUGUCUUGCCGAUCCCACCAAUUUGUUACAAGACAGCAAUGGUGGCGACUCCAAUCACGACAUGAAACGAAAACCUUCCACGUCCACAUCCACGUCCACAAGUUUGUCCAUGCGGCGAUCAACGGGAGCUUCCCAUAGCACACCCUCCGGUUCAAUGCCAACUAGCAAGCAUGAAGUUGUUGAAGAGUCAAUGCCAACCCCCGAUCCAUCGGCCGACUUCCCUAUCACCGUGCGAUUAUCCAUCGGCAAAGAUAUCAAGUUACACAUUAAUUCACAGCAUGAAACCAUCGCGACACUGCGGUCACGCAUCUACGCUCACCCGGAGAUUGGUCUCUCGAGCGAAACAUACUUUAUUCGUUUCAUCUAUUUAGCCCACGUUCUCAAGGACGAUCUAUCCAUUAUGUGCGACCCGGCAACCCCGGCAGCCGCCUUCCAAGAUGCUUUUGCUGAAAAAAACAGUGUUCGCAUUCGACCCAACACGGUGAUCCAAGCACUCAUCAUCAAACGAACAUCAUAGCUGCUUCCUAACGCAGUCUCUCUCCCAAUCGAUCAUUUCUCAAAUACAAAGCUGUCCUACAUGUCGCCUGUGAAUAACAAAUUCCUUUACUUUAUCAUUACACUGCAAACCACAUUCAAUAAUCGUAGGCAAUUGCGCCAAUUUAAUGACAUUCCUACUUUUUUAUGUGUCACAAAAUCAAAGAUACAGCGGAUCAUUGAAUACAUCGCGAUGGACUUCAAACUGUUUUUCACAGCGGACUUUUUACCUCUUUGUUUCAUGCGCGCACGGACCUUUUUUCUCGUCUUGGGAAAAAGAAUACAUUGGGAUACCAGAAAG